UGUACACAGACAACAACAAUAAACCCGGGGUGAUAUGAGAUCAUACACGCUGCCUCCAAACACUGGAGUGGAUCACAAAUUAGUCGGCAGCACGACAGUCGGCGGAUCGCGUAGACAAUCGGCGAAGACGAUCACUUUGACUCGAUGUCGCGUAAGGCGCUGGGUUUCGCUCUUUAUUUCGAUUCGAUGAAGAAGGCAAUAUUAGGAAUCCGGAGAUCGUCGCUGGAUUUAAAAACUUGCUGAUUAGCUUAGGCAAUGUUAGCUUUUGUUUUUUGGGUGUGUCGAGUGCCAUGAGCAAUCAAUACCUACAGAGACUGAGGAAAGCUUACUUUAAUUUCGAAAAGGAGGGAUAUACAAAAGUGAUCAACACCAGAAUAGGAAGUGAAGGAGGAGGAGGAGGAGGAGGAACGAUUCUGAAUCACUUCAUCUGGAAUCCGUCAAGAAUCACAGCUUUCGCCAUGGAUGAGACACCACACAGUGUCAGAGGAGACGACAGUCCUUUGGAUGACGACGAAGCAAGAUGGUCAGAGAAGAUGGAGAACACUAACCCUCCAAGGGUCGGAGGUCGAGUGCGACUCUACUCCGAGUCCCAGGUGCACACGGUGAGCCGCUGGGAAGACGCCGAGCUCCAGGAUGCUGUUUCCCCCGAAGAAAGCGGAGGAUCUUCAGACGGAGCUCCGUUCCGAGGCCGAUCCCAAUCCGCUCCCGCUGCACUGUGGAAAGCUAAAAAGUAUGGACGCAAGCUGAGAAGGAUGAGUGAUGAAUUUGACACCUGGCUGGACAGAGGGGACAUAAGGAGAGGGAGCGGUUCGCAGAAGCAACCUAGCCGUGGAUGGUUCUCCUUUAUUUGGGGAUCUAGAGAAGAGGAGGGAAGAGAAUAAAAUUCCACACAGUUCAGACAGAAAAGUGAAGCAACAAUCAAGACGAAGGCUGGUCAUGUUUUUCACCAGUAUGGCCUUUUUCAUCAAAGUGCUCCUGUUUCGAUUUUUUUUUUAUUUUAAAUUGUCCACAAAAUAAAAGGAGAAAGAUGCUUAAACAUUUGACCGCUGCAAUACCUUGAUGUGAAGAAGUGUUUUUAACAAUCGAUUUUAAGAUUCGACAAUCUUAGCUGACAAUCUGUGAAAUUUCCGGACAAUCUCAGACGUGCUGAAAAAAAUUCAACCUCUAAAUAUUUAGGAACUAUUUAUUCGUUUGUAUCCAUUAAAUGAAUAUUUGGUAAGAAAUGUGAAAUAUUGUUCUAUGCUGUCUUUUAUAAAUGGAUAUAUAUAUGUUGAGUUUGAAACAUUUGUCAUAUUGAAGGUUUUGAAGGAAUUGGUGGUCAAAAUGUAAAUGUUUUCCCAGGACUACAAAAGUCAGUGAAGCAGCCUGUGAAAAUGGUGUAGUGCUGGUUAACAACGAUGCGGGUAUUUGGUCCAAUUCAGUCAGGUUCGUCUCAGGGUUUUCUUUGAUCGCAGCAUUUGCUGUUGCUUUUUGUUAUCGUUUCCUUCGUAUUUAACAAGAUAUCAACUGGAGAUCCCAGUCUCAAUUACUGACUUUCUAAAAUGAAGUUUGUUUGCUUUACACACCCUUUCAUGUAUAUCAUGAAAGAUCUUUUUUUUGUUUUAACACACAGCACUGGACUUGAACAGUGGGGGUUAAUUUGCUUUGUAUGCAAAAGAACAGAGUUCCUGCCAGACCUUUGGUUAAGCAAAUCCUUACAGAUGGACAACCCAAAUGCUGCGUAAGCUGGGCUUGAAUCUAUGAGGCAUUUUUUGUGGAUGCCUUAUUCGCAAUGUGUUUCUAUUUGUCUUUUUUCACAAGCUCCCGCUAAGAAUUUAUACUGCGUUAAAUAUAUUGCGACGUGAAACUGUUUGUAUGACGAUUCGUUCUAUUUGUAUAAUUGUUGAAUUUAUUAUUUGUGAUCAAAUUCAAAAUAAAAAAAAAUUGAAUUCCAUGAA